AUGCGCCAAUCACUGAGCCUCCUUGCGGCCAUUUCCCGCACCCAGCCCUCAAAACUGAAGAAGCCAGCAGUCAGUCUAGAUCAUUUUAUCCAAAGGCAAAGGGUACUAUCACUAUGGCGUGAGAUUGUGAGAGCAUUGCACAAAGCCCCGCCUUCUCCGACAAGAGAUGAGCUGCGCUCAUAUGCUCGGCACGAAUUCGAGCGGAAUCGUGAUGUUUCGGAUUUAGUAGGUAGCCCUAGCCCCUAG